UGUGCGUAAUUCCUGGAACUUUUUCCUUUGGUUAUCCUCUUGACCGGUAGGAAAAUGAUCCCUUCAGACUCAUUGUCUUAUUAAAGGGAAGUAGAUUAAAGAUCAAACAGUUGAAGUCAAAUUCGUGGGACCAGAGACAGAAAUGAGUUGUGACAAGUCCCGAGGUUCUGCGCGCCUCUGUCAAAGUUGCGCUCUGGUGCGUCAACCCGGUGAUUCACCAGCACUGAGGAGGAGGAAUAACCAGGAACGAAGAGGAGACAGGGAUGAAAAGGAAAGGAGGGCAGGAGAAUGAGUUAAAAGGAAGAAAAAAAAAAGAGGAGGAGGUGGAGGAGGUACAAAAAGGCUCCGCAGUCUGUCACACAGACCACACAAGUCAGCGGAUCGUUUUGGGGUUAAACAGAGAAAAGUUAUUUCAUUGAAAAGCAAUAAUUCCAUCAAGGAGCGAGAGCGGGCAUCAUCUGCGUUCUUCAGAGAGCAGGUUUGAACUGAACACGUGAUGAAAAGUUUGUCUCUUCAAUCUGGAAGGAAGCUGUGAACGGAAUUAGAUGAAAAUGAAGUGCUUCAAAGGAGUCAAUCACCUGCUGGCGUUGCUACUGGCUGCUGCUGCGGCGUGGAGCGUGGACGCUUUUCACAGCCUGGCCAGUGAGAGGAAAUCCAUAGAGAGCACGUACGAGCUGACCAAAUACUUGGAGUACCAGCUUAAGGAAAUUAAAGAUGUAUAUCUGACCUAUCUUGGCCCUCCGUUUAAUGAGAAGGACUUCUCUCCUCCACGGCCGAACAGCACAGCUCUGAGUCAGGCCAGUGCUGCCACUCAGCUGGAGCAGUGGCACGGCCUGGAGAACCAGGCCCGGCUUGCCCAGAACCAGAGGGCUUACUCUAUCUUGUUGGCAGCUGUCAGAGAGCUGGCCCGCUCCACUCUCUGUCCAUCGCUCAAGACCUCCCUGUUGCACUUCUGCAUGGGCCUGGAUGGACUUCUGGGCUCAAUUUCUGCACUGAUGAACACCACACUUGGCUAUUCAUCAUCUUCUCACUCUACAAAUGGUGGAAAUAUUGGUGCUGAGCUGCAAUCCUUGCAGAAGGGCGCAGGAGCCAACCAACCAGCGCCACUCAUGAGCCACAGUCUGUACAGAUCAAGAGCAGGCUCCAGACCAGAGUCUGGUCAACGAAGCAAUCCCAGAAGGAGUGGGACGAAAGGGAUUAAACGAGAGCGGGAAGAUGGAGUCAGAAUGGACCUGCUGGAAAAAAGGAGAGGAAAAGAGGAAAGAAGAGCAGAGGAGAGCAUCACAGGAGGAAGGAGUGGUCGACUGAGAGAGAAAGGAAGAGGAAGAAGAGAGAAGAGGGAAGAGCCUGGGAGCAAAGCAGCAGGUGAGGAGGAAGCCGAGGAGCGAACUGGAGAGGUGGAAAAAUGGGGGAGGAGAAGAAGGCUUCUGAGCGUUGAUAAGGAGGAAGAAGAACAAGAAAGUCAUCCUUUAUUCAAGGUUGAAGUAUCAUAUCAAGAAUCAGGUGGGACAACAAACCAGCAAAAAGGCAAGAAUCAGUUUAGCUUCAACCUGAAUUCACACCACCUGGACACCGUCAGGGAGGAAGAUGGAUUUAUCUUUGAAAGAAACAAGGGGUUACUGCUGGAGGACAAGAGGAAAACAGACACAGGUGUCUUCUUGUCCUCCUUCCAUCAUCAGCAGCAUCGACCCCCUCGCUCCAUCUUCUCUCCGACCCUGCAACCUCCUCUUUCCACCCUGUCUCUCCUGUACCAGUAUGGAAUUGAUGAGGGUCACACUCUCCUCCCCCAGACUGUCCCUCUUUCUUUACAAAGGGGCACCUCCCUUCUUUCACCUCCGUUGAGCCCCCUCUUCCCUUCCUCCAGCACCUCAGCCUCCUCUUCGCUCCUGUCCGUGCAGCCAACCAUGAACGACUUUGCCAGAAAGGUUGAAGGCUUCUGGAUACUGCGAGAGCUGCAGAGCUGGCUGUGGCGAUCGGCGAAGGACUUCAAUCGCCUCAAGAGGAGACUCAGAGGCUGAGAUACAAAGAAGCCAAUGGACUUUAGAACUCGUAAAACACAUGAAAGAUACACACCCAUGCACAACGCAGUGAUUCAUGUCAGACUGGAAUCAAUGAAUGAAGGACUAGGACUUGCUACUGGAACACAGACUCACAAAGCCAUCACGUUACCAGCAGUGCCAGUGACACUCGCAGUCACGGCUCAUAGAUCAACAAAAAAAAUCAUUCUGGAGGUGGCUAGACACACACACAGUCAAGGGUCAAGCCACGAGACAGACAGUGCAGCCAUUGAGCGAAAACAAUUUCAGUGACCUCAGAUGUGUGAAUCAGCAAACAUUCAUUUUCUCUAAAGGAAGAGGGAACAUUUUUCUGAAUGAAUAGAAGACAAAAGGAGAGGAAAUGCAGCCGGAGGGAUGAUGAUGGCGGCAAGUAGAGGCGAAAUGAGGCGUGAGUCAGGCGAUGGGGGCUGGAUGUAUUGCUGAGUAAAGACUAAUCAGGAGUUACAGUAAUCCUACAGCAGAGUUGCACACACUGAGCUGACACAGAGGUCAAAAACACAUAUUGUGGCCUUUUUAAGCCCUAAUCGACCAUUCACUGCUCUUCUGCUCAAAGCUUCCACUACAAGUUAAUCCUUUCACUUAUCGUCAGUUUUAUAGUUAACGCUGUCUCUAUAGUUAAGCUUUUCCCCUUUAAUCCCACUGAAAAUAGAAUCUUAAUCUUAAAACUUUAUUUUUGGAUGAGCUCCAAAUGUAGGUAUGCAACAAUGAUACAUUAAAGGUUAAACUUCCAAAAGAAUGGUAGAGACUUCAGAAUUUCAAAACUACUUUAAAGUGUUAAUGUUUUUAACUACAUAAGUUUGGAUUGGCCCAAGCUUGAAUUUCAAGACACACGCUUCAUUUUUUAACAUGCAUACAAGACACUAUGGCCAUGUCCAAAUUCCCACCCUAAUCCCUAACUACUAAAAAACUCUACAGGAGUGGUAGACAUACCAUAUUUUUACGCAAAAGACCAUAAAGCCAACCGCCAAAAAAUGGUUUUUACUUAUGUCAUAAGGCGCACCAAAAUAUAAGGCGUAAUAACCGUGACAAUAGAGUCAGAGAUAAAUCAUUCAGACUGUAUUGACUGCAUUCACAGUAACUAUAGAACUUAUUUGUAACAAUAGUCACAAUAGCCACAGUUUUUUUUUUUAAAAUGCAAAUAUGUGAGUGAAAAUCUAGUCAACACAAACAUUUCACGACUUCUAUUUGUGACUCCACUGUGUUCUGAUAAUGAAAAUGUGGAUGGUUUAUUUAAAAAAUUGCUUUUAAACACUUUUUUUAGGCAAAAAUUGUUCAAAAGCAAUGCAUUGCAAGCAAAGCAAUGCACUAUAUCCGCUAAUGUAGUUAGCAUUGAUGCACACUGGUUUUUGCAAAGACUUCUGGGAAAUUUCUGGGGCACUGAUUUUGGAAUUAUAGAUUCGGACAGCACUACAAAGGGGCGAACACACUAUAUAGUAAGUAGGGAAAGAAUUCGGACAUAUUCUUAAAAAAGCACUAUCCGACAUAGCUACAGUGUUAGCUGUGUUAGCGUAUUUACAAAACGCGUAGCCUAGUUUGCAGCAUGUACAAACGUCUCAAAAUCACUUCAAAGUCAAGAAUGAAUCCAUAUGGAAGUCCCUUCGGAGUAAAAGGCACGCUGUCGCUUUUAGAAAAAAAAUAGGGCUGAUAUCCACCUUAUAGUGUGGAAAAUAUGGUACUCCAGACUACAGACGAAUGGUUUCAACAAAUUGUAAAAAAAAAA